GUCACGUUUUGCAGUUUAUUGUUGAUACUUUCUUGCUGUCGAUUUUAUAAUUAUUGAUUUACGUGGAUAUAAAAACUUUGCGUAAACUCUGGGCUAGUCUGAUUUAGAUGACGUCGGCUAGCUGGGCUGCAUUGCUAGCACUUUAGCAGUUACAGCUGCUAUGUCAGCACGCUAGCUGGAUUAUCUCCAAAAAAAAGUGUUUAAACCGAACAGCAUGCUGACAGUAAUGAACUACAGAUUCUUUUUACGUCACCCCAUGGACCAAGACAAUAAUUCAGAGGAGGAAUCUGUUGGUAUAUCAGAGGAUGAUGCACAGCAACGGUAUUCAGUUGAACUCUCCGACAUGGAAGCGGUUGAAGUGUUGUGGCAGAUGCGGGCUCAACGGAGGCAGACCAACCCUGACCUGCCCAACACUGUGACCCGGCUCUCUACUCCAGAGGGCAGCGUGGUCUACCUGGUGGGCACGGCUCACUUCAGCGAUAGCAGCAAGAAAGAUGUAACUACGACAAUUCGUGCAGUGCAGCCAGAUGUGGUGGUGGUGGAGCUUUGCCAGUAUAGAGUGUCCAUGUUAAAAAUGGACGAAAAGACGCUGCUCAAGGAGGCCAAGGAUAUCAACCUGGAGAAAGUCCAACAGGCCAUCAAACAGAAUGGCGUGAUGUCAGGCCUCAUGCAGAUCCUGCUGCUAAAAGUCUCUGCACACAUCACUGAGCAGCUGGGCAUGGCGCCUGGAGGAGAGUUUAGAGAAGCCUACAAAGAGGCAGGUAAAGUCCCUUUCUGUAAGUUUCACCUCGGGGACAGACCAAUUCCAGUGACAUUCAAACGUGCCAUUGCUGCUCUGAGUUUGUGGCAGAAAGCUCGGCUUGCUUGGGGCCUUUGCUUCUUGUCUGACCCCAUCAGUAAAGAGGAUGUAGAAAAGUGCAAACAGAAGGAUCUGCUGGAACAGACGAUGUCAGAGAUGAUUGGCGAGUUUCCCGCAUUGCACCGCACCAUUGUUGCAGAGCGAGACAUCUACCUCACCCACACACUUAGACAGGCUGCUCGCUGUGUCGAGGCGCCACCUAAUGGCCAGAAAGUGCCUGCUGUGGUGGUGGGAGUGGUUGGAAUGGGCCAUGUUCCAGGAAUUGAGAAAAACUGGGAAAAAGAACUUAAUAUUCAGGAGAUCAUGAGUGUGGCGCCACCUUCUCGAUUCGGCUGGGUGUUACGUACUGUAUUGAAAGGGGCCUUGCUUGGUGUUCUGGGAUAUGCCUGUUACCGUGCUGGAGGGUGUGUAGGGAGGAUGUUUCUCUCCCUACCUGCUGUCCAAUUUCUGGAGAAUACAAGACCGCCUCCCGCCUGACCUAGAUCUUCAACAAAGACUUAAAUAAACAGUAUAUUACGCUAAACACCAAUUGCCUUAAGAUGAGAGAUAGGGCAGAUGGUAUGUUUUGAGUAUGAUAUGGCUCAUACUCUCUAAAUGACACUGGGAUUUUGGAACGGGGGAACUUGAUGCAGCCCUCAGUAAUCUCCACUGUCUUAACUCUGUGCUCCUGCAAACAUGGAGCUGUACUGCCAAAAAAACACAGACAGUAAUUUCUGUUCCUUUUCUUUGUUUCCCAAUUUUCUUACACUUCAAUACAUGACAGUACUUUUUCAGUGUAACAUAUCUACUCCCUUCGGGUUGUGUUCUCACAUUUUAAAUUAUAAUGUGCAAAAAGAAAAUUGUGAAAUUACUAAAUGCCUUGGAGUUGUUUAGUCCAUCUACAUGUUUCAUUUAGUUCCAUUAGCAGGGCCACAUCUUGAAUAUGCAACAUAAAAUCCCAAUGUUCUAUAAUUUAGGAGAGAAUUGUACAAUAAUUCUAAGUAAUUUUCCAAUUCUGCUGUUUGUACCAAUGUAAUAAUUUUAUUGAGUACAAAGUAAAAGUAAAUACACAUUUAAUACUGUAAAAUUAUUUGUAUAAAGCAUGCCUUAAUAUUU